AUGAGGCAAGGCCGCCUCAGAGGCCGGCUGGCCGCGGCGCUGGCCCUGGGCACGGCCGCGGCUGUGCCCACGGUGGUGGCCUUCAGCGAAGACCCGCGGUCCUCGCCCAGCUACCCCUGGGCAGCCGGCAGCGGCGGCAGCGGCGGCAGCGGCGCGGCAGCACCCGCCUCCUGGUCGCUGUCGCGAGUGGUGGAGGACUUUCUGGAGAAGGUGCAGCAGCCCGGAGUGGAUCGGGAGGACCUGGAGGAUGACUGGGGUGCUGGGGAGGGUCGGCAACAAGAGGCGCUGGCAGCGGCCGAGGAGGCGGCUGCGGCGGCGGCGGCAGCGCAGGCAGCGGCACCAGGCGCAGCCCCUGCGGGGCGCACACCGCCAGAUGCUGCCGGAGCAGCGAUGUGGGAGCAGGCCGGCGCGGCUGGGCCCGCUGCAGGGCAGGCAGAGGUGGGGGCGCCAGCGCAGCAGCAGCAGCAGCAGGCCGGCAGGCAGCGUAUGAAGUUUCGGCGGGUGCACGACGUUUCGCCGGCGCUGCUGGCAGCGCAGCAUGCAGGAGAGAUGCGGCACAUGCGCCAGCUGGCAGCAGCUGAGCUGGCGCGCUUGGACGCCGCCUCAGGCUCCGCCGCCGACCAGCAGCAGCAGCAGCAGCAGCAGCGGCCCCGAGCCAAGCGCCGCUGGGGCGGCACGGCAGCCGCAGCGGAGCCCCCACCCCCGCCGGGCCUGCCGCCCGCAGCUGCAGCAGCAGCGGUGGCGGGCACGCCAGGCGGCGGCGCGGCGGCAGGCUCGGGUUCAGGGCCCGCCGGUGGGGCAGCGGCGCAAGCCCCGCCGCCGCAGCAACAGCUGCCGCCGCUGCUGCCACGGUUCACCGACGCCGAGCUCAUGCGUUUUGCCAUCAUGCACGGCCUGCUGCGGGCCGGCACCGCCGCGGAGCGGCGGCAGGCGCUGCGGGAGGGCGCGGCGGCGGCGGCGCGCACCGCGGCCUGGCUGCGGGGCCACCCCUUCUGUUCAGAGGAGGAGCUGCAGCGGUUUGGGCACCUAGUGCAGUGGCGGGGCUGCGACGGCGAAGGGCGACCCAUCCUGCACAUCUCCAUCGGCCGAGCGGUGAUGCAGUGCCCCGGCGCCGCGGCCCUGGCCUUUGCCAAUGCGGUCAUAACACAGAUGGAGCGUGGCGUGCGGGAGCGGCUAUGGGAUGGCAGCGGCGCAGGCCAGGCGGGCAGCGGGGGCAGCGGCGGCAAAGGCGGCGGCAGCUGCAGCGAAGGUGGCGGUACUGGCAACAACCCUGCCCCAGCCGACGCCUGUCCCCCCGGAAGUAGCCAGGACGACGGCUCUGGCAGCAGCCCCCCUGCUGCUAGCCCCAGCAGCGGCAGCGGCAGCAGCGACAGCAGCAGCUCCGGCAGUGGCAGCGGCAGCAGCGGCAGUAGCACCAGCACCAGCGGCAGCGGCGGUCCCGGCGGCCGCGGCGGCGCCGCGCCGCGGCCCGAGCAGGUCAUCGUGGUCAUGGAUUGCUCCGGGGCCAGCACCCUGAGCGCCGCCCGCAUGACGCGGGUGUUCCAGGCGGUGGCGGCCACCCUCAACCACCACUACCCGGGCAGGCUGCAUGAGUUGGUGCUGCUUGAUAUGCCGGUGGUGCUGGGGUGGAUGGUGAGCGGCAUCAAGCAGCUGGUGCACCCAGACACCCGCCACAAGUUUCGGGUCGUGCCGCACGGCCAGCCGCGCCCGGGGCUUCUGGCCGCCGCCGACGGCACUGGCGGGCCACGGCAGGAGCAGGCGCCGCAGGCGGAGCAGCGGGGAAGGGCGGCAGCCGGCAGCGCGGCGGCGGCGGCGGGGGCGUCUGGUGGAGUGGCGUGCACGGGCGAGCGCUGA